CCCACUCGCGUCGUUCCGUACUUAUCUCUUUACGAAAAGGCCUGGUUGCUGUAAAAAAUUCCAGCCAGUCCUUAUCAUAUUUCCCUGUCAUCUAUGCUUCCACCCGCCCUUCUAGAGCUCACUUUAGCACGCCUUACACAUCGCGGUAGUAUCCUGGGCUCGGAAGUCGUGACCGCUCGAACAUGGCCCCGAAGAAAUGGCGUUCGUACGAUGCAACAGGCCGUACUCGCUUCGGAUGCAUCACCAAUCACCCUCUAUCCUCACCUCAAAGGAAAGCAAACACUCGUCAAACCUUCUCAGGGUAAUAACAAGCCAAAAGGCGUCGGGCAUCUGAAGGUUCGGGAAGGGAAGGCUGCUGCCGAACGUCCCAAAACCGAGUUGGCGCGUCGUGUAGAUGCAUUGUUGCAAGUUGCUCAAAAAGAGGAAGAAUCGGCCGACCAUCCCACCUUUAGCGAAGAAGAGCUGCUGUCACUCUAUGAAGACAUUCUUGCGGGACCCGAAACCGAAAUGGAACGUCAGCAAGAAGGCCCGAUGUUGGAACAACGAUCCAAGGGGGACGUCGAGCUGAUUGAAGCAGUCUACGAACGUCUUCGCGAACAGACACUGGAGGAACACUUGGACCCCCAGUCAUCGAAGACCCCUUGGCUUCAAUAUGCAACUCAUCGCCGUAUUCUUGACCAAGUCGGAAAGCUGAUGGAUCUAGUGCUCCAAGGCGAUGAAGCUCCUCGAAUUCCCAUAGUCACGCUAUCUAUACAGGAAUGGAACGCUUUGAUUCGCACAUGUAUUCAUGAAAAUGAUUUAGAAUCCGCGGAACGUUCGCUGCGACUCAUGAAGCGUACUGGUAUCAUUCUACCCGAAGAGUCGAUUAACGAAGUGGUCAAGUUCUACGCCGACAAGGGUGAUGUUUCGGAAACGGAGCGCAUUCUGACAAGCUUUGUACUUGGUGCCCCUUCCGACCGACAGCAGCAUCUUCAUAUUCGUUCACAUCUCCGAGCAUCUCCAAAUGCCAUGCCAACAUCAGCACUUGCUGUGCUUCAUGCUUAUGAGGAACAGCUCAACAUGCCUGCACAGAAGACGUACACAAACCUUGUCACACAUAUGUUUUCUGUGAAGGACUCGAUGGCCCACGCCCAAGCAUGGGACCUGUUCUACCACAUGCGUUAUGUUGCUCAUCCUGUCCCAGACGCUUUUCUCUACACUGCAAUGAUCCGAGCCUGCGCGUCGUCAUUCUUCACUGUUCGAGCUUCGGAACCCGAGCGCGCUCUAGAUCUCUGGACUGAGAUGACGAUCGACAAUAGCAUAGCGCCUACAGUUGCGUCGUACAAUGCUGUCAUCCUAACUUGUGCGCGGACGGGUGACAAGAAGUACGUCCAUGAAGCUUUCCGCCUGGCCAAGGAGAUGUUAGACUCUCAUCGAGACGCGCAUGGGGAGUUAUUGUACGUGCCCGACCAACAUACGUUCCUUGCCCUAUUGGAAGGUGCGAAGAGGAUUGGAGACCUUUCGAGGACACGGUGGAUCCUUGCACAGAUCAGCCGAGUCAGUGUAGAGGAGCCCUCUUUGGGUGUUUCUAUUGACGAAGAAGUCAUGAUGCACGUCUUCCAUGCAUACGCGGCGUAUGAUCCGCCGUUCAAGCGGGGUAUCGCGUUACUACUUGACUCGAGCCAAGAGGCACCAGCAUCAGAUGAUUCUGCAUCGGCCCAUCGAGAGAGCUCCAACAUAACUGCACCCCCUAGUUCCCCUAGUUUCGCCCAUGUCGCUCCUCAGAGUCGUGCGGAGGUUAUUGCUGAAGCUGAGAUACUAUUCGGGCGUAUAUUGGAGGACGGUGGAUCUACUUUCGAUCCAACAAUUGGUUUCAGCAACGUCGAGCUGUCGACCCGGUUACUGAAUUCGUAUCUCUCGGUACACUACAAGCACGGGACGUUGGAGGCAGCUCGGAGGCAGUUCUUGGACCUCUUUGUGGAACUCAAGAUGGAUCGCAAUGCUCGGACGUUCCGUGAGGCGCUGGAGCGAUGCUUGUAUUCGCACCAGAAGGAACGGCAGUUUGCUCUCGAGUUUGGUAGUGAGAUAUUCAAGAUGUGGCAAGAGUAUGAAGCAUCCGGUGGGACUGCAGAUGCACGGACGGUGGAGAAAAUCCACGUUGCGUAUAUCCGACUACUUGCCUUGACGAAGAACCUGGAUAAAGCCUUGGAUCAACUGCGGGCAUUUGCGGCAAAAUACCCGCCUUCGGCUUUGCGGCACCAGCCAGCAAAGCCUGGGAUGAGGUCCACGAGAACAGUCCUUACCGGCUCGCGACCGCUUAUUCGUAUGACCUCAGCUGCGGAGGUCCCGGAUAGCCAUGUUCCUCCGCUUGUGAUGUUCAGAGAUGUCGAUGUGCUACACAGCCGGCUUGUUGCAACUGGGGACGUGAAAGGGAUUGCAUAUGUGAAGUACGUGUGCAAGGCGUAUGAAUGGGCGUUGCGAGUGAGAAGAGACGAGGCUCUGAAGGCCAAGCCGGUUGAUACUGAAUCCACGACGCUUGUCGAUUUAGAUUGGCAUUCUUAGAGUGGGUUUGCGUACGAGGUAGCAUGCCACCUCUCAGCGAAGUGACGGCUGAUAGAAAAUUCGAAAUCGUACACAUUUCCAGGCAAUUUCUGAGCUCUAUCAAAGCAAUUCCCUUGGCCCUCAGCCACAGUUUGACUAACUUUCGUCUCACCCAUCACUUCUCCGUCCUCCCGAGACUGAUUACCUCCCAUCCGGACUGUCCAGAUGAAGAUCUCACUCGUGUAUUCAAUGUGGAUAACACUCUCGGGACCUAUGGCUCUGGCAUCCUAUUCUAAGGUGUAUUCCUUUGGUGCCAACAAUAUUCCCGAAAACGCUUGUUGCCUCACCUGUCCUGAAGUGAUUUCCCGUAGUCCGUUCCAUAUAUCGCGUCGAGUACAUAAGGGAAUAAAUUUCCCCGUAUUGACACCAUUUUAAUAAUAAAAGACAAGCAUAGCGCCAUUUGCGGCGGGACAUAUAGUCAUAGUGAUUG